AUGUCACUCUACCCAUUCUUCGCUCCACGAUCGGUCUACUCGCCAGUCCACCAUCUUCUGCGUGAAGUGUCGGAACUUGAACGACAGAUUGAACCAUUGUUCCAUGGACUGUGUCAAAACGAGGUGUUCAAGUGUGACAAUGAGAAAUUCAGCGUCAAUUUGAACGUCUCCGACUACAAACCCGAAGAGCUCAAAAUCGAUCUUGAUGGCCGCAAGUUGAAGAUCGAAGGAAAUCAGAAGGUUGAGAAUGAGCACGGCUUCUCAAAGAGAUCAUUCUCGAGGAUCGUGCUCCUUCCGGAAGACGCUGAUCUCGCCGCCAUCACCUCGAACCUCACCGAAGACGGCCAGUUGAGCAUCGAGGCUCCACGGGUUCCAAAGGAUACCGGUCGAAGUAUUCCGAUCAACGUGAAUCCCGCGGUGAAAGACACGCCAAAGGAGAACACCAAAUAA